GUCAUUCCAGGCCUGCCAAUCACCCAGCGGGUAGCCAAUCAGCGGGGGCCCUGGUGCUCGACUUCCUUGUAUUUGGGAAAGUGUGGUGGUGGGUGCGCGCUUGCGGCGGAGGGUAAACAUUCGACAGUCCCUGCUCUGAGAGGGAGGGACAGGGAGCGAACUGUCAGAUCCUAGCGAGAAGGGGCGCUCGUGAGAGAGAGACAGAGAGAGACAGAGAGAGAGGGAGAGAGAGAGAGAGAGAGAGAGAGAGAGGAAAGAGAGAGAGAGAGAGAGAGAGAGAGAGAGAGAGAGAGAGAGAGAGGGGCAAAGUGAGACAGGGAGAAAGAGAGAACCCGGGCGCAGAGCUAGCUCCGGCUGCAACUCUGCCCCGGCACGCCCGCGCCCGAGCCCGCCGUCGGGCACUCUAGGAGCGGUACAACGUGCCCACAGGAGUUGGUUGUGUAUCAAGGAUCCCCUGUAUGCACACACACAUCUCCAUCUCCACCAAUGCACUCUUCUUCUUCCUCCUUCUCCAGACAACUGCCGGGGAAAAAAUAAAACACCAACCCCAACCUUCAGCAACAAGGAAAGAUGUCGCACCAGACCGUGACUGUUGCGAGGAAAAUGAAAAGGGACUCUUGUUUCAGAGACAUCCAAGAGCUCCGGCAAUAGCAACUUCAGAGAAAUGCAUCAUCGCAAGAAGUUUUUCUAGGACAGAACAAAACUUGAAAGGAGAGGACCAGAGCUGGAGAACAGGAGCCAGCCUCCCCACUCCGCAGACGCAAGCCGCCAAUAUCACCACUCCUGUAAGGACCGGAAAAGUUUUACUAUGCUAAGGGGGAAACAGUGAAAUGUCUUGCUGAAGAGGAGAGAAGCCAGCGGACCAGCAAGGAGCGGCCCGAUUGCUGGCCACCCACAAUUUGGCCGAAGAAGAAAGGAACCCUUUCGUCCUUUGUUGUCUCGCGUGAAACCUUUGCUUAGCAGGUGGACAGAGCCCCGCGCCGGGGCAGAGUCCGCACCCGCCCGAGGACGAGGACAGGAGGAACAACCCGAGCCCCUGCGCACGGAGAGAGCGCCCGAAGUACGGGUUCCCGCCCCAUUGGGCGAGCCUCGCUGGAGCGAGUCGAUUGCUCCCGGCCAGGGGGGAGACCACGACCCCCCCUGAAGGGGCUGGCCACGGAGCUCACCCCGAGAAGCGAUCCCCCCUCCCCAGGGCGCUGCUCCUGCUGCGGCUGCUGCAGCGUCUGCUGCUGACCGAGGCCGGCCCGCGACCCCCGCGCCCUGCCGAGCGGCCUUGCAGCUGCAGCCCCGGGCCGCGGCGGCGGCGGCGGCGGGGGCGGAGGCGGCGGAGGAGGAGGAGGCGGCGAAGGCGGCGGGGACCCGGGGCGGGGGAGGAGGAGCGGGGGGAGGAGGCGGGAGGCGGGGGGGCGCGGCGGCGGCGGCGGCGGCGGCUGCCGCGGCUGCUGCUGCGGCGGCGGCGGUGGUGGCGGCGGUGGGGUGGCGGGAGCGGAGCGGCAUGGCCACAGCGGCUUCUAACCCCUACCUGCCGGGGAACAGCCUGCUCACGGCCGGCUCCAUUGUGCACUCGGACGCGGCCGGGGCGGGCGGUGGCGGAGGGGGCGGUGGCGGCGGCGGCGGGGCGGGGGGCGGCGGCGGUGGCAUGCAGCCCGGGAGCGCCGCUGUGACCUCCGGCGCCUACCGGGGGGACCCGUCCUCGGUCAAGAUGGUCCAGAGCGACUUCAUGCAGGGGGCCAUGGCCGCCAGCAACGGCGGCCAUAUGCUGAGCCACGCGCACCAGUGGGUCACCGCCCUGCCCCACGCUGCCGCCGCCGCCGCCGCUGCCGCCGCCGCCGCCGUGGAAGCCAGCUCGCCGUGGUCGGGCAGCGCGGUGGGCAUGGCCGGCAGCCCACAGCAGCCUCCACAGCCGCCACCACCGCCGCCACAGGGCCCCGACGUGAAGGGUGGCGCUGGACGCGAAGACCUGCACGCCGGCACCGCGCUGCACCACCGCGGGCCUCCGCACCUCGGACCCCCGCCGCCGCCCCCUCACCAGGGCCACCCUGGGGGCUGGGGGGCCGCCGCCGCCGCCGCCGCUGCCGCCGCGGCAGCAGCAGCAGCCGCUCACCUCCCGUCCAUGGCGGGCGGCCAGCAGCCGCCGCCGCAGAGUCUACUCUACUCCCAGCCUGGAGGCUUCACGGUGAACGGCAUGCUGAGCGCGCCCCCGGGUCCCGGCGGCGGCGGCGGAGGCGCGGGUGGUGGAGCCCAGAGUCUGGUUCACCCGGGGCUUGUGCGCGGGGACACGCCCGAGCUGGCGGAGCAUCACCACCAUCAUCACCACCACGCUCACCCGCACCCGCCGCAUCCGCACCACGCGCAGGGACCCCCGCAUCACGGCGGCGGCGGCGCGGGGCCGGGACUCAACAGCCACGACCCGCACUCGGAUGAGGACACGCCAACAUCUGACGACCUGGAGCAGUUCGCCAAGCAGUUCAAGCAGCGGCGCAUCAAGCUGGGCUUCACCCAGGCCGACGUGGGGCUGGCUCUGGGCACGCUCUACGGCAACGUGUUCUCGCAGACCACCAUCUGCCGCUUCGAGGCCCUGCAGCUCAGUUUCAAGAACAUGUGCAAGCUCAAGCCACUGCUGAACAAGUGGCUGGAGGAGGCGGACUCGAGCACCGGCAGCCCCACGAGCAUCGACAAGAUCGCGGCCCAGGGCCGCAAGCGCAAGAAGCGGACCUCUAUCGAGGUGAGCGUCAAAGGCGCGCUCGAGAGCCACUUCCUCAAGUGCCCUAAACCCUCGGCACAGGAAAUCACUAACCUGGCCGAUAGCCUGCAGCUGGAAAAGGAGGUCGUUCGGGUCUGGUUCUGCAACCGGCGCCAAAAAGAGAAACGCAUGACGCCCCCGGGCAUCCAGCAGCAGACGCCGGACGAUGUCUACUCGCAGGUGGGUACCGUGAGCGCUGAUACACCGCCACCGCACCACGGGCUGCAGACCAGCGUACAGUGAAGGCCGGGGGGGCGCAGCGCGAAGAGGGCCGCCGCCGCCGCCACCUCCGCAGCCGCUGUCAGCACCGCCGCCAAGGUCGCCACCGCCGCCGUCUCUGAGCCGCCGCCAAGAACCGCCGCUGCUGCUGCUGCUGCCGCCGCUGCCGCCGCCGCCGCUGCCGCUGCCGCCGCACAGACCCAGCACCUGGCCUGGGCCAGUGCGUCUCGGCCGCCUCCCCUCUGCCCAAAGACAGGUGUGCCAGGGCUCUAGGAGGAGGGGAGAACGACUGGGGAGACACCGACCAAGGAGACUCUUUUUGAAGUCCAAGGAAGGAGGGACCAAAAAAAAAAUUAAAGCAUAAUAAAUACCAAGACUGUUUUAUAUGCAUAUAUAACAAACAAAACCGGAAGAGGAAAAGGGGGCAACCGGGACAUCUCGUUUAUACUCUGGUGGUGUUUUGUUCUAUUUUGAAAGAAGGUUGAAGAUGCCUAACGCACCGAAACUGCACUCUUGAGGUACUGUACACCCCGAGAUGUCCUUCAUGGCAUCAGUGGAGAACACCUGCUUCGUCCUCCCCUCUGAGACAAGAGAGACACUCCCCUCCCUUUCUUCCACUUCUUCCUAAAGGGCUGCCUAAAAGAUCCAUGGAAACUUUAUUGGGAGCGACCUGAAAAGAAAGAUGCACCAGGUUUCAUGCAGGUCUGACUCUACUCCAGAACAGUGUUUUUCUUGGCCAUAUUAAAGUCUUUGGGGAAAAAAAUAAAUCAACUAUGAAAUGGGAAGGAAGGAGAAACAGAGUCUGGGACGGGGGAGAAGAUUCACAAUUUCUGAAGUUCACAGACUGAAUAAAAAAAGCCAAAAGAAAGCAUCCUCGCGGUAACCUUGGAAAUAAAAGCAGCGCGAAAGAGCCCGGGCUGGGCGAGGCUGAAGGCCGGGGCGUCCAGCCGCCAGCGGGGAGGGCACAACAGCGGGGGCCAAGGCCCAGCCUUUGAGACCGCCCAGAGAGGCCAGGCCACCGCCACCGAACCCGGGCUUUGCCGACUGCCACUCGGGGUGGACCAUGCCUAAAGAUUCCACCGCUAAUAUUUUUUUUAUUAACAUUUUUUUAUUUUUUAUUUCUGGACUGACUCCGAUAAAAAAAAAAAAAAGAGUGUGGAAAGAGAGCACCAGCCGCCGCACUUCCCUUGACUUCUGCCCUCAAUCCGUUGCCAACUUUGAUUGAAUGGGUGCUGCGGAUGUGAUUAUGUAAUACUGCCAUUUCCAAGCAGUGUUUUUGGUAGGUUUUAAUAAACAGACUUUUCAAAUGACGGCAAUAUAGAAUCGUUAGAUCCGUUGUUGAUCUAAAAAUAUUUGCUUUAUAUUUUCAUUAAAUGACUUCUUUUAAUAUUUUAUUCAGAAUACUUAUGAACUGCUGCAAAACGGUAAUUUAUUUUUCCCCAGAUCUUGUAUUACGUGUUUUUUUCAGACGAGCACAAAUCAAAAUGAAAUGAAAAUAUGGACAGUUGUUAGGUAAUAAGGGUAUCUUUUGAUGUGAUCCUUUGAUUGUAAUUUAAUUUGAGUAGUGAUUCCGUAAGAGCUGAUUGAGAAAAUAAAUUUGUUAGAAUGAAAUAGUCUGUGUCUGAUGCAUCAACACUGUGUGGGAAGAAGAGUUCUCUAGAAAAUAUUUUUUUACUAAUGGAGAUCCUUAAGUCGUAGAGCAUCAAGGGAGCAGAGCUUCCCCCACGCAAAGAACAGGCUAGGAUUGCUGAAAACAUCUGUGCUUUAGCAAUAGAGGUUGUUCACUCCUUGUUGAUCCAUACAUUUCACAGUAUUUUCCUUACCCUCAGCUUCAGUGUCUCUAGUGUUUUUUGCUGAGCGAUCUAUAACUACUAGCCAUUUUCUUGAAGGUACCUGUUUUGAAUCGCAUGAUUGAGCUACAUCACCACUGAAAAUAAACCCACCUGGUCAAUCAUGGUAAAUACAACCCCUCAUAGUUCAGUCUCUCUUUUUUUCUCUCUCUCUAUCUUCUUAUCCUCCAAUAUAUCCCUGUUUCUUUUUUUCCCUAAAGAUCAAUAGUUGCAAAGGAUAGCUUAUAAACCAUUGAAGUAUUUUAAUAUCAAUUACUCCCCAUUGCUACCUAUAUGUGAUUAAAUUUUGGUUAUUAAGCUUAUGGUAAGCUUUUCUUAUUGCUUUCAUGAAAGAAGACCUUGCAGAGAGCCCUGCUUGACUCUGUACUUGGAUGGUCACCAGCUCAGACUGGAGGCUGCCCAUUUCUGUGGUUUGGUCCUCUGGAAACUUGGUUCUUCACCUUUUCCAGUGCUGUGAGGGCUUUAGCUUUUUGGGUCACUUUUUAGAUCAGCCCCUGCAGAGUGGUCACAUUAAUCAAGUUAAUGUAUCAAUAUUUACAACAGGGAAAGAUGAAAACCUAGUGCCUCGGGUUGUGAGUGCUAAAGAUGAGAAAGGCUCUGGUUGGUUGACUCCCUGUAUGAUUUUUUUUUUCUUUAAAAACUGAGGGAGAAAGCAGUGGUUUUUACACAAGAAUUUUCCCCAUCUCACUUAGCUACCACUCACUUUUUGCCUAAUUUUGUCGCCUUCACUGGUUCAACCUUCCCACCCCCAUAAUUUAGAUUCAGGGGUCUAAAAAUCCUGGGAAACUAUAAGAGUAAGGAACAAUGAUUUCUCCCAGAGAGACCCUAUAGCACAAACCAAGCCCCAGCCAGAGGGCCAUGUAUUGGGUGGCAUUAUUUUUGACACUAAAUUGCACUAAAACUCACAAUCAUUCUGAUUUGUGAAAUCUGAAAGAGUCCAUAUUUAUUCAGCAGAAGGGGGUUGUAGAUAAGAAACUACAUUUUACUUUUCUCUGGGUUGCUGUUUUCUGUUUCUCCUGCUAUUGUUAUUGCCCUUCCCUGGGAACAACUUGGUGUGGGGGUGGGGUGAGGCUCACCAUCAUUUUUCUUUUGGUGUUGUUACUCUUGUUGUUUGAGGGACUGUAAGAGUAAACCAAGAAGACCUGUCUGGAAACCCAGGAAAGGGCAGGUUGGUUGUGAGUGGAGCACACCACUGGCAUAUGAGAAGAAUCAUGAGUUGUUUUUUUUUUUUUUUUUUUUUUUUUUUUUUUUUUUUUUUUUUGGGGAUAGGGGUGCUUUUUGUUUUGUUUUGUUUGAUUGUUUUCCUCCUGGAAUAGUGGUGCUUGACUAGAAGGGGGAAUGGGUCUAUUUAAAUUUUUAGGAGGUCUCUACUUACUUGAUUUAGCUGAGGACAAGGGAGCUAACAAUUAGAUUUUUUUUACACUGUUUUCUAUUAAAAAGAACCUUUGCUGAUUAUUUCGGAAGAAGCCUUGAUUUAGAAGUGAAGAAUCUGGGCACGCAAGGCGAUUUGUUUGUCAUUUUGCAUUUUGUAAAGGAAGCUGAUGCUUGCACUUUUUUUUUUUAAAGUCAACCCUUUGAAUGUAUUUACAAAAUGAAAUUCCUGGUUGAAACACUACAGAAAAGAUAUAAAGCAAGAGGUUUUGUGCUAAGGCUCAUAUUGUUACACAUGUAAAUAAUGAAAAUAUUGUUAUAUAUCCCCAGAUCUUUUUAAUGAAUUUGGUUAUUGUGUUCCGUUGUGGCACAAAUGUCUUGUGCUUCCUAAGCCUUCCAUUUGUUUCCUCCAUCUCCUCCUCCCAUUUCAACCCAAAGGAAAGUGGCGAAGUUCUGUCCCAUCAACCUGGUUAGUUACAAACUAGGCCCAUUUGUAGUUCUCAGUAGACUGUGGCUCCUGGGCUCUAGACCACCUCGUCCGCCCAGUCACCUUCCCCUGACAAUUCUCUCCAAUAAAUAAUUCAAGGUGUAUUUAAAAAUAUAAGUAAAUUUGCUGUUAUUGCUCUGCAUUUUCCCUCCUUAGUAUUACCCAAGGAUAUUCUCUCUCUCUCUCUCUCUCUCUCUCUAUCUUUCUCUCUUAGAGAUUCCCUCUGCUUCCCAGUGGCCUCCGGUGUUUGCUCAUCCCAUGCUGAUGAUCUGUUUUGUAUGAAUGGUUUUCAACCUUCAGAGAAUAAUUGGUUCUUAUAUCAAAUGCAGUAUAUACUCUUCAUAAUUUUAUCACUGAGUGUAAUAUUUUAAAUAAUUUUAACAAUUAAAUUUGCUUUUUAAAUUAUAUAUUUGUAAAGUAUUUAUCCUGUUGGAAGCAACAAUAUAUUGUUGUAUUUAUUCGUUUAUUUUUGUAAUAAAUGAUCAACGUC